AUGGGUAUCAAGAAGGCUUAUGAUAGUGUGGAGUGGACUGCAAUGGAAGACAUUAUGGCUGAGUUGAGAAUCCCCAACAAGUUUAUCAAUUGGACAAUGGUCAUGAUCAAAAUUGUCUCAUACAGAAUACUGGAGAAGAUUGGUAGACAAAAGAAUUUUCAAUACCAUGCUAAAUGUGAGAAAAUUGGGAUAAUUAACUUGAGUUUUGUUGAUGACCACCUGCUGUUUGUUAAAGGUGACAUUACUUCUGUGAAAAUGUUGAUGACAUGGUUGCAAACCUUCUCUGAUUUAACAGGUUUGGAGGUGAACCCCACAAAAUGCAAAGUGUACUUUGGAAAUGUGGAGGAAGAAGCUAAGCAAGAUAUCAUAAGAGCUACUACUUUUGAGAACGGGGAAUUGCCUUUUAAAUAUUUAGGGAUUCCCCUCACUAGCAAGAAGAUCAAUGUGUAA